AGACCUCAGGUUAGAUUGGCCACAAUUGUGUCAUUAGAAAGAAGCAACCUAACAAAUGUUCUUUUGCAUUUGAUAUCUCAUUUAAUAACACUUUUUUUGGUGUGGUUUGUUGACCAUUUGAACACUUGAUAGAGUCGAGACAAGAGAAGAAUCUUCAUCAGCCUCCUUGCUACUCAGUUUCUUUUUGUAGGCGCCAGCAUUACAAUACUUGUUUUCCCCACUUUACAUGUAAAUAGCUUUGUUUUGUUUUUUUAAAUUACUUUGCAGCUACAGAUUUGUCAAGAUGAAGGACCGACUCGCCCAGCUCAAGGAGACCAGUGAUGCUGGGGGUGAUGAUAUUGAGAUUCCUAUGGAAAAUGAAUCUUUCAUGGAUGAUUUCUUUGCCCAGAUCGAGGACAUCCGCUCCAGUAUUGAUAAGAUUGAUGAGAGUAUAACAGAAAUCAAAAAGCUCUACUCCACAAUCUUGUCCGCCCCCACAUCUGACCAGAAAACUCAGGACGACCUGGAAGCAGUCACCAACACCAUUAAGAAGUCAGCCAACAAUGCAAGAAACAAACUUAAAAGCAUUGAACACCAGCUUGAGACAAACACGGAUGAGAGAGCCUCAGCUGACCUCAGGAUAAAAAAAUCACAGCAUGCCAUCCUGGCCAAGAAAUUUGUAGAGGUGAUGACAAAAUACAACGAGGCACAAGUCGACUUCAGAGACAAGAGUAAAGGACGGAUUGCCCGACAGCUGGAAAUCACUGGCAAAGCGACUACUGAUGAGGAACUAGAAGAGAUGCUCGAGGGAGGAAACUCCAGUGUCUUCUCUGCUGGGAUUAUGGAUUCCAAAAUCAACCAGCAGGCCCUAAAUGAGAUUGAGGCUCGGCACAAAGACAUCAUGAGGUUGGAGAGCAGCAUCAAAGAACUCCAUGACAUGUUUGUUGAUAUCGCCAUGUUGGUUGAGAACCAGGGUGGCAUGAUUGACAGAAUUGAGAGCAACAUGGACCAGUCCGUGGGUUUUGUAGAAAGAGCAGUGGCCGACACCAAAAAAGCUGCCAAGUUCCAGCAAGAGGCACGCAGGAAACAAAUGAUGAUCUUCUGUUGCUGUGUGAUACUGUGCCUAAUCCUCGGUUCAUUUUUGUACAGCUUUAUAAAAUAGAAACUGUGUUUACAGCCUUUGACUGGCGACUUCCAUCCAUCCAUCCAUUUUCUACCGCUUAUUCCCUUUUGGGGUCGCGGGGGGCGCUGGAGCCUAUCUCAGCUAAAAUCGGGCGGAAGGCGGGGUACACCCUGGACAAGUCGCCUCAAAACAAUAAAAGGAAAAUCUUCUAAUCUGUAACCUGAUAUUUUUACAUAAAAGGUCAAAAUCCUCUGCUUGGAUUUGACGCAGUGUAAUAAUUUUGCUUUCAUUUGAACUUUGACGACAGCAUACCCACAUAUCUGCCACCAACUUAAAUGCACUGAAAAUAGUUGAAGAGUUGUGUCACACAUGAAAAAAGUCUAAUACACUUAAAUUUAAUUGACAUGAAUAUAUGUGGGCAAAAUAAGCAUUUGAUCUACUGCUGAUUUUGUACGUUGGCUGUUAUAUUCUGGAUUAUGUGUAUUUUUGGGUGGUCAUUUUGUGUACUUAAUUUGGAAAUACUUUCUCCCUUUUCUGUUUUUUAUUUAGUUACCGUAUUUUCCGGACCAUAGGGCGCACCGGAUUACAAGGCGCACUGCCGAUGAGCGGGUCUAGUCAGGUCUAUUUUCAUACAAAAGGCACACCGGAUUAUAGGGCGCAAUAAAGGGGUCAUAUUAUUAUUCUUUUUUUCUAAAUGUAAAACACUUCCUUGUGGUCUACAUAACAUGUAAUGGUGGUUCUUUGGUCAAAAUGUUGCAUAGAUUAUAUUUUACAGAUCAUCUUCAAGCCGUUUUCUGACAGUCGCUUCCGGAUCCGCCGUUUAGUGGGCGGUAUUAUUUACGUGGCUCACCUUCAGCAGCAUCUUCUCCCCGUCAUCUUUGUUGUAGCGGUGUAGCGUGCAAGGACGGGAGUGGAAGAAGUGUCAAAAGAUGGAGCUAACUGUUUUAAUGACAUUCAGACUUUACUUCAAUCAAUAACAGAGCAGCAUCUCCUCAUCCGUGGCUCACUACAACAACAACAAAGCCAGAUAUGUGUCCCAUGAAAAACUGUCCGACCGGAACUCUCUAAUAACUAAAGUUCCUUGGGUGAAUAAUGUAAACUCACUACACCGGUAUGUUUUACUGCUUUCAUGGGGAGUUUACUGACAGAUGUAAGUAAGAACUUUACAUUACUUCAUAUUAAAAAUGGCAACAGCGGAGGAUGAAUGUCCCAUAACAAGAAGAUAGAGAAAAAGAAGAAGCUUAUCGACUACGGUGUCGGCACCGACUACAAAGGCGCACGCGCACAAACUUUCAGGACUUAUGCAGAUCCAAAAUACAGAUCAGCAGGCACCAGAAGGUAAGAAACGUUGCUUUUGCAUAAUAUUGCGAAACAAAACGCCAGAUAAUAUGUCUUACCUUAUACACACACCAUAAUAAUACUCCUAUGUUGAAGCACAGUACAAUCCAUCAAGCGGUGCGGCUUCCUAGUUUACCAAAGUCGUACUAAAACGUUUUUUUGAUAGAUUUUUGAGUGGCGUAUGUCAUGUUCUAUAUUUUCAAUGGAACAUAUAAAAUGUUGUUGUUGUUCACUUGAGUCAUAUUGCAGUCUACACGUACCUCUUAUGUGUGACUGCCAUCUACUGGUCACACUUAUAAUUUCACCAUGUACCAAAUAAAAUAGCUUCGAGGUCGGUAAGCACAACCAAAAUUAUUCCGUACAUUAGGCGCACUGUCGAGUUUGAGAAAAGGAAAGGAUUUUAAGUGCGCCUUAUAGUCCAAAAAAUACGGUAACCUAGAUUCUGAUGAGGAGCCAUGUAUGUGCUAUGCCUUGUUUUGACUCCUCGAGUGUAGAAUUCCUUUUUUCUCACCUUCUUCUUGUGAUCUCUUAUUUUUGUGCUGAAUAAAAAAGACAAUUUUGCUGGAAUGUAAUCCACUCUGCAUCUUGGGUUCCUACACCUCUUCAGUCCAUCAUU